AUGUCUUCGCCAAAACUCAAGGUCGCGAUCGCGGGACUGGGCCGCAUGGGAGCUCGCCAUGCUCUCCAUUUCCAUACCAUGACCCCUCGUGCGGACUUGAUUGCCGUUUCCUCCCCAGAUCCGAAAGAACUGGCGUGGGCUACCCGAAACUUGGAAGGUGUGCGGACGUAUCUGGAUUACGACGAGAUGUUGAGGGAAGAGAAGGAGUUGCAGGCCGUUGUCGUUGCGUCGGCAACCAUUGUUCACGCUGAGCAGGCCAUCAAAGCCAUCAAGCGUGGCCUCCACGUCCUGUGUGAGAAGCCUCUCAGCACGAAUCCGGAAGUCUCGCAGGCAGUCGUCACGGCAUACCGGGCUUCGAAGACAACCUACCCGAACCAGAAAGUCAUCUGCGGCUUCUCCCGCCGUUUCGAUGCGUCGUACAGGGACGCUUAUCAGAAGAUGCGCUCGGGAUUGAUCGGACGCCCAGCUGUCUUCCGAUCCCAGACCUGCGACAAGCUUGAUCCAUCUGGGUUCUUUGUGCAGUACGCGCAGUUUUCGGGUGGCAUUUUCGUGGACUGCUCAAUCCACGACAUUGACCUGGCGCUGUGGUUUUUCGGCGAGGACUCCGUCGUCAAGUCCGUCAGCGCGAUCGGCAUCACGGCUGUCUCUCCCGAAUUGCGAAAGUACAACGAUCGUGACAAUGCGUUGGGCAUCGUCGAAUUCUACGGAGGCAAGAUCGCUCAGUUAUACUGCAGUAGAAUGAUGGCUGCUGGACAGGAAGACAGCACUGAGAUCACCGGCACCGAAGGGAAACUCGCCAUCAACACACAACCAAUGUCCAACCUAGUUAACAUCUACGAGCCAUCGGGCAUCCGUCGUGAGAUCCCGCCGCACUACUACGGCCGCUUCCGGGAGGCGUUCAUCACUGAAGCAAACGAAUUCACCGCCUGCUGUCUCGACAACACCGAGCCUCCCUUCCGACUCGAAGGCGCUGUUGCAGCGGUCAAGAUCGGCUGUGCAUUGCAAGAGAGUCUUAUCACGGGCAAGAAGAUCGAGUUCAACGAGAUCGGCCAACGGAUAGACAGUGCAGCGGAUGAUGCCACUCCACUGACUGCGAGAUUGUGA